AUGGAGAGAGAAGUAACUUCGAAUGAUGAACACUUAAUUGGCAGUGAGUUCAAAGAUGAUUAUAUAGUGAAAAGUAUUGGUGCAUUUGGUCCUUGGCAGGCUAAAAUUUGUAUAAUAGCAGCUUUAGUGAGAUCCACGGGAAUAUGGAACAUGUUAUCAAUAGUGUUUUUAACCCCAAAAACUGAGUUUUCUUGUGUGAAAUUUAAAACUUCUAAUGUUACGCUUGUAAAAAAUUCCACGUGCUACGAAAAUUGUGUCAAAUAUGAAUUUCAUGAAGAUGUUAUGUUUGAGAAGAAUUUAAUUUCAGAAUUUAAUUUAGUUUGUGAUAGUGCCUGGAAGGCCGGAUUCACGCAAACUUUGAUAAUGUUUGGAUCUUUAAUCGGUGUAUCUUUAUUUGGGUGGAUAUCAGAUAGAUUUGGUCGUCGCAUAGGUUUGAUUAUAUCGACAUCAAUAAACCUAAUACUUAUGAUAGUAGCGCCUUUAUCUCCAAGUUACUGGAUUUUUAAUGGAAUAAGAUUUUUGAUUGGUAUUACUACUGGUGGUGUUAUGGUAAUCAGCUUGGUAUUAAUAAUAGAAAUUGUUGGACCUCAAUACAGAGAAGCAGCUGGAAGUUUAUCUAUGAUAUCAGAUGGCUUUGCUCAGGCAUUGUUAUCUGCGUUUGCUUAUUUUGCAGUGGACUGGAAAAUGUAUCUUUUGGAGUAUGGUAUUUUAUCAAUAUUUAUUUACAUGCUCAUCAUAAGUUUAUCUGAGACACCUAGAUGGCUUAUGGCUAAGGGCAGAGUAAAAAAAGCACUUGACGUCAUGACUAAAGCAGCAGAGAGAAAUAAAUUGAACGUGACAGUCAGCGAUAUACAAUAUAAUAUUUUAAGAGCAUGUGACGAAAUGAUGAUUAAUGAUAAAAAUAUACGCAAGUUUACGUAUUUGGAUCUUUUUAAAACAAAGGAAUUGGCAUUAAGGACAGUUUCUUCAGUUGUUAUUUGGUUCGUGGCUGGAGUGUGUUAUUUUGGAAUUAAUCAAUACAUAACAUUUAUUGGAUCCAAUUUAUACUUAUCUGUCGUUAUACUAGGAUGUAUUCAAGUACCAACAUGUCCUUUAGCUAUGGUUUUGAACAAAUCGUUUGGCAGAAAAGUGAUAUUAGUGCCCAUAUUUAUGUUUACUGGGGUAACAAUGUCAAUAUUAGUUUUUGUGCCACCAGGACAUACAGGAUGUACAGUACUGGGAGUAGUCGGUUUUGCAGCGACUUGUACGAUAUAUGGAGUGUUGUGUGUGUAUGCUUCAGAAUUGUUUCCUACUCCUCUAAGGACCAUGGCAUUUGGUGUAAGCGUUGCUGGAUCGAAAAUAGGAGCAAUGGUCGCGCCCUUUAUUGCGAAUAUUCAUCCUCAUUGGAUACCAUCUUUAGUUUUUGCUAUAUUACCAUUUGUUGCUUCGAUGUUUUGUAUGCUGUUACCAGAAACGAAAGGACAAAUAUUAUUUGAUAUCAUUUAA